CCAUCGAUUGAUCGAGAAUCAAGAUUAGGGUUUGGCGGAGGAAGGAGACCAGUGGUCGUGACUGUAGCUGCUAAUCGCCGGGGAAGAGCUCGAGCGUGUUCGAUCCCUGCAGAGAAAGGCAUGGCGACUCAAAUCAGCAAGAAAAGAAAGUUCGUGGCGGAUGGUGUCUUCUUCGCAGAACUUAAUGAGGUUCUCACCAGAGAGCUUGCUGAAGAUGGAUACUCUGGGGUCGAAGUAAGGGUGACCCCCAUGCGGACGGAGAUCAUCAUUAGAGCCACUCGCACUCAAAAUGUGCUCGGAGAGAAGGGGAGAAGGAUCCGGGAACUGACAUCUGUCGUCCAGAAACGUUUCAAGUUCCCUGAAAAUGGUGUGGAGUUAUAUGCCGAGAAAGUUAACAACAGGGGCCUCUGUGCCAUUGCUCAGGCGGAGUCUCUGCGGUACAAGCUCCUGGGAGGCCUGGCUGUUCGGAGGGCUUGCUAUGGCGUUCUGCGAUUUGUGAUGGAGAGUGGUGCCAAGGGAUGUGAGGUCAUUGUGAGUGGGAAGCUGCGCGCUCAACGUGCUAAAUCGAUGAAGUUCAAGGAUGGGUACAUGAUUUCCUCUGGUCAACCUGUCAACGAGUAUAUUGACUCUGCUGUCAGGCAUGUUCUGCUAAGACAGGGUGUGCUUGGCAUCAAGGUCAAGAUCAUGCUGGACUGGGAUCCCAAGGGCAAGCAAGGACCAACAACCCCAUUGCCUGAUCUGGUGACUAUUCAUCCCCCGAAGGAGGAGGAGGAAUAUGUUCCACCAGUUCUGACCACCAACAUCGAGAUUCCAGCAGUUCCGAUCAUGUCAUAAGCUCAGCAUGAUGUUUUGUUCAUACAGUACUGUAUGCCUCGAUGCAACUUUCUCAUAGCUCACGACAGUGCUUAGUUCUACUAGAUUAUGCUAUGAAUUUUGGUGGAGAUUUCUGUUUCACGUGAUUUGGCUGGAAGAUUUCUUCAGUUAUCCAAAAUAAUGAGUAGUCACCUAGUAA